AUGGCUGAACACGAGAACGGUGCUGAAGAAUCUCUGGUGUUCCAGAACGCAGUGCCUGGUGAGGUCAGGGACGACAUGCCGGUAAGAGUGAACUACAACCAUGCUCUGGAGUACCUUGGCGGGUUCGGACUCUGGCAGAAGAGGUUGUUCCUCCUCAUCUGUCUGCCUGCCGGAUUUAGCGCCUUCCAGGUGAUGGGGAUCGUCUUCCUCGCGUUCGAGCCCGACUUUAAGUGCCAGGUGCCCCUGGAAGCCUUUUCGGGGCUGAACGCGACCCCGGCCGAGCUGCUGAACAUCACCAUCCCCUGGGAGGUCAAGGACGGGGAAUGGAAACGGAGUCAGUGCGAACGUUACAGCUACAAUGUUUCCAACACGGACCUGCACUCCUCCUUUCGAGACUUUGUGGAAGCAUACCCCACAGCCAACCGGACCCAGAUCCCAUGUGACCAAGGGUACGAGCAUGACACGUCCGAGUACAAGAGCACUGUUGUUACCGACUGGGACCUGGUGUGUAAGAACAGCUGGAAGGUCAGUCUGGCCGAGUCUAUGUGGUUCGCCGGGCUCAUGGUCGGAGCGGUGGUGGGCGGGCACAUAGCCGACAGGUGCGCUUCGGUCGUGUAUCUGUUCGGGAUCGUCUGUGCCUUCUCACCGAACUACGCCGCGUUUGUAUCCUUCCGCACCAUCAUAGCGGCCUGCACCAUGGUCUCCGUGCUGGUGCCAUUCGUCAUGGUAACAGAGCUGGUGUCCCCCGACAAGCGCAGUCUGGUGGGGAUGGUGAUCUGGAUCUACUGGGCGGUGGGGUACGUGCUGCUGUCCGGGAUAGCUUACUUCAUCCGCACCUGGAUGUGGCUUCAGAUUGCCGUCACCAUGCCCUAUCUCAUCUUCAUUUCCUUCUGGUGGCUUGUUCCCGAGUCCCCGCAAUGGCUGAUCUCCAGAAAUCGUCACGAAGAGGCGGCCGCCAUUUUGAAGGAUGCCGCAAGGGUCGCCAAGGUCACCCUACCUGAUGAAGUCUUCCAUGAUACAAUUCCUUUAGCCCAGACGGAGGAAAAGGCUAAGAAGAAAGAGAAGGUCUUCACAUUCAUUGACCUGUUCAGAACCCCGAACCUUCGGAAAUGGUCUGUCAACAUUUUCUUCAACUGGGUCGUCAACACUCUGGUGUAUUACGGGAUUUCCCUCAACACAGCUGCUCUGAGUGGAAACUUGUACCUAAACUUUGCCAUUUCCGGGCUCAUCGAGAUUCCGGCGUAUCUGAUCUCAAUCUUCAUCCUGGACAGGUUUGGAAGACGCUGGCCUCUGUGUGGGCUGCUUCUGUUUGGAGGCGUCGCCUGUAUCGUGGCCUUCUUCAUCCCCAAACACCUUGGCUGGAUGACCACCACUCUGGCCAUGACCGGAAAGUUCUGUAUCACCGCCUCUUUCGCAGUUAUCUACAUCUUCUCGGCUGAGAUAUUUCCUACUGUAGUAAGGCAAAUCGGAAUCGGCAUGUCCUCCAUGAACGCUCGUGUCGGCGGCAUGGUCGCCCCGUUCGUGAAUUUACUGGGCCGUCAUUGGGCGCCGAUGCCUUACGUCAUCUUCGGGGGCGCGUCGAUCGCCGCCGGACUGCUGGCGCUGCUGCUUCCGGAAACCAAGGGGAAGGCACUUCCGGAAACCAUCGAGGAGGCAGAGAACAUCGGGAAGAAAGACGCCAUUGUGGAAGAGGAGUGAUUUCAUCGAAGAAGUGAAGCUAAGACAGACUAGCUAGCGCUUGAAGGUAGGCCGGCACUGUCUGUCAAGAACUGUAACAGUUACGCAAGAAAACAUUGUAACAGUCUGUUACAGUGUUUCCUUGCGUACUAACAGUCAUACACAAGAAAACACAGAGACAGUUACACAAGGAAAAACUGUAACAGUUAGUGAGUUACACGG